UGUUAAGUUUCACGGUUCUGCUGUUUGCUAAGAAAAAUGGGUUCCAAGGCUUUUCUUUUGCUAGCUCUUUUGUUGGCCAUUGUUCUUCUCAUCUCUUCGGAGGUGGCAGCGAGGGACCUGGCCGAGACUGCUUCCUCUGACCAGAAAACGGUGGAGGCCACCAAAGAGGCCAAUGGAGUAGAUGAUGCCAAAUACGGUGGAUAUGGAGGAAACCCUGGUGGGGGAUACCCAGGUGGCGGAUAUGGGGGGAACCCUGGCCAGGGAGGUUACAAUGGCGGUCGAGGUGGAUAUGGAGGAAACCCUGGAGGUGGCUAUGGGGGGAACCCAGGUCAUGGCGGCAAUGGCCAUGGAGGUUACAAUGGGGGCCGAGGUGGAUAUGGCGGCAGCCGAGGGCGCUGCUACUAUGGAUGUUGUAGGGUGGGUUACAAUGGAAGGGGCUGCAGUAGAUGCUGCUCUUAUGCUGGUGAAGCUGUUGAUGCAGAGACCGAAGCCAAGCCUCAAAACUAAAGCAACAUAAUUAUCUAAAUUAUAUAUCGUGCUCAAUUCCGUUGUAAUGUUAUAAAUAAAGCUAAAAUGAGAUGUAGAAAUAAAAUCACGAGUCGAUGUCUAUGACAUCCUCAAUCCCUCAUGCUUUAUUGUAAUGCACAUGUUUUGUACCAAUUAAUGAAUAAUUUUUCA